UAUAAAGCAAAAGGACAAUUUCCAGGAUUAUUUCUCUUUGUGGGACCCGCACGUUUUAUGCGACCAGUUCGAAAUUUAGCUGUUGGAAAAAUCGAGUAUAUUGGCUCACUGGAGCAAGUAUAUAUGGAUAUUGCAAUCGACUUAAAAGAGUUCUAUCCUGGCUUUACCACUCAUAUGGAAUUGUCUAAAACUGAAUUUCUCAGCAAUUUGGCGAAUUUGAUCCCAAUGCCAGACUACAAUCAAUCUCCAAGAAACAUGUACCAAUGUCAGAUGGGUAAGCAAACUAUGGGCACACCAUGCCUUAACUGGCCAAAGCAAGCUGCCAAUUCCCUUCAACGGAGAGAAAGAGGAGCACGAGUAUAGGUAAUUGUAUAAGCU